AUGCGCAAGUUCGGCUUUUCCGGCCGCAAAAAGCAGGCUCCCACGGUCACAGUCACCGCCCCGCAUAUGAGCAAGGCCCAAAAGAUCCUCGGUGCUUCAGCCAUCAACAUCGACAACAACUUCUCCAGUUCAACUCUCGACCUUGCAGUACCCGCUCCCGAGACAUCCCAGACCCAGACCCUGAACCUGAACCAUGGCCAUGGUCGUGUCUCUCCAGCAAGACACGAGCGCGGGACGCGGGAGUGGGGAGAUGAGUCCGAGAUCAUACCGAGGCACUUCAAAAACAACGGUGCGCCCACCGAUGCCCAUGAUGAGGACGCUUUUGAUAUGGCGAGCAUUCUGAGAAAGCGACAGUCUUCAUCAACACUUCACUCGUGGUACGACAAGACUAAGCAGCCUCUUUCCGUAACCCAGCAAACCUCGGCUUCAGCCAUGGCCAAGGGUAUGCCUUCAAAAGCGGAGCGCAUGUUGGAUAUGGAGAACUCAAUCGCCGAGGCCAAGCUCAAGAAGAAGAAGCCAACAAAGCUCGACUUAUCUCAUCUCAUGGGACGGCGGUCCAAGAAGAACGAACAACAAUGGGAGGGUCCCAUGCUAGAUCAGAUUACCCGAUCCCCAUCCAUUCUAUCACCAUCUAGUACACCAUCUUUACGGGGCAAGCUUUCAAGGCGACCUACAAAAGAGAGCUUAAACUCAGCAACCUCAGACACGAAUCGACCAAAAACAGACGAGGGCAAUCGCCGACCACAAAAUCACCUAAACGGUCUACCUAAUCUAUACGAACACUAUGAGCAAAUGUCAUUCCGCUCAAUCAUUGACGACGAGCUGGACGAGCCUGAUGAGGAGGAGCGGGUUCUAGAGAAGUCCAAGUCCAGGGAUUCACACCAACCAAAGCCCAGCAGAAUACUUCGACACAGCAAGUCUGAGCAGCGCAUACCACCAGGCCACCACGCGGAGCACAUUGUCUCGCAAUACGCCAAACGCAACCUGCCUCCACCACCUCCACCUACGAUGGCCAAGAAGUCCGAUCAAUCCUCACUUAAUGACUGCGCUGCUAGUGUUUCUAGCAGACAUACCCGCACAUCCAAGGCCUCGAAGCGUACGAGCAGGAGUUUCCAGGAUGCGGAUCUACAGGGCAAGAGUGUGCUUUCACUAUCCUCGGACUCUGAAGACGAUGAUGCAUACACCGAAUCCUCUUCCAAGGGUCAACCUUCGAUACCCGAGUACGCGACAUCUGAUACUAGCUCUUCCAUCGACUUCCGUCCAGGCACAGCUCGAACUUCUGAGAGCGCUGACAACAGCUCGAAGCGAUUGAGCAGAUCGAGCAGGCAGACGACAGGAUCCAACAACUACCUCACCAUUCCCAACGGUCACCACCGACCUCCCGUUGUGGCCCCCAGGUCAAGCUCCCUCUCUGGAAGCUCCACCAACACGAUCCAAGAAGGAACUGCUGGACCAACACCGUCGCGCACAUCGAGCCUUUCCAACUCAUCAGUAAACACUUCAAAUACAGGUCACAGUAAGACGGUUCCUAACAAGGUUGUCGCUUUGUACCCUGAGCCGGACACUCUGGACUAUCCUGAGUACGAGGAAGACAAGGAGGGUGAGGAUUCUGAAAACGAGCCCGAACCUGAGCUUGACUUCCUGUCUGCUAUGACUUAUAUUCCCCAUGGUUCCAUCUCUACUACCGCCGAUGCGCCAACGCCUCCAUUGAGCCCAAGUUCUGUCGACUUCUACAUUCGCUCCGCUCACUCAUCAGUCGAUGGAAAGGACGGCCACAACCGGUUUAUGGCGGUUACCCGUCAAGAAGAGAUGCUCCUGUCUGCCCUCCGCCACAAGCGACAGACAAUGCGCGGCUCUGUCACCUCCGAGAUGGACGAGAAGGUUUCUCAAAAGGGCCACCGAUCUAAGCCAUCCGAAGCUACCAUUACCGAGGAGACGAUGGACUUUGACUUCCCAGCACCCCCCACCUUUAAGAACAAGACAACGGUAAACGCAGAGGGCACAACCGUUAUCGAUUUGAGCCACGCAGAGGAACCUACUACAUCCGCCCGAAGCUCUACGAAACAAGUUCAUAACGGCCAGCGAUCCCACAGCCAAGACCACCAACAACGGGAGCGCAUCCUUCUAUAUAUCGAUAAGGGUCUCGCCGCCGAGCACUCCUUUGAUGAUUCAGAGCCUAGUCCUGAUCUGGAUGACUUCUACGACUACAACUUCGACGACGACGAGUCAGCAAGUGAGGAAGAGAUCAUCUCUGAGGAAGUGUAUGCUCAGCAGCGCCGCCUCAGCGACCGAAAGGGCCGUCACUCAGCCCUCAAGCGCUCAUCGAGCCGAAACCACCAGCAGAGCCUUCCCGCUCAGCGUGACACUCUUGAGGUCGGCGUGCCUCGACCUGACAGCCCCAUCUCCCCCGAUGCCAUGUCAACAUCCGCUCCCCGAGUCAACAAGUCGAUGGCUCGCUUGAGUGCUGUUGGCCCUCCCGCUAAAUGGGGAUUUGAGGACUAA